AUGUCUCCUUCAACCGCCCCUCAGCCGGCGACCGCGGAUACUGGCUAUAUGACCGAGCCUGGUCCGCUGGAGAACACGUACACGUCGGAUACGAGCCUUAAACGGGCGCUAUCAUGGUACCUUCCAUCUGCUACACUGCAAUCAGUAGAACAACAUUUCACGCAGCUCGGUGCCGAGGCUAUUUCCAAUCAGAUCCGUGAAUGGAGUGCGGACGCUGAGCGCAAUCAACCAUACGUGAAGAGCCAUAAUGUCUGGGGUAAACGAUAUGACUACGAUCGAUUGAUGACCACUGAGGGUUGGAAGCAACUGGGCAAAUGGGGUGCUCGUAACAGAAUCGUGUCUGCAGGCUAUGAUCCAGCCUUGGGCGUUGACAGAAGGACGGUUCAAUAUGCAUUGAACUAUCUGUACUCUCCUUCUUCGGGUCUCUACUCGUGUCCGAUUAGUAUGACCGAUGGAGCUGCUUUUAUCUUAUCCUCCAGAAUUGGAAAGCUUCCAGUGAACCAUCCCUUCCAUGCUGCCUUUCAAGGGCUAACUUCCGAGGGAGAUGAUCAUUGGACUUCUGGCCAGUGGAUGACCGAGAGAGCUGGUGGAAGCGACGUACAAAACACCGAGACCUGGGCUACCUACUCACCACUGGCCAAAGACUCGGGCGCUGAUCCCCUGGGCGAUGGAGACUAUCUCAUCAACGGAUUCAAAUUCUUCUCGUCAGCGACAGAUGCCAACCUUGCUCUUUUGCUGGCAAAAACACCAUCUGGAAAGCUGAGCACAUUCCUCGCACCACUACGACGGACAGUAGUCGGACCCGACGGUGUCUCCAAGGUAGUAUCAAAUGGAGUCAGGAUCCACCGUCUGAAAAACAAAUUAGGGACGAAGGAAUUACCCACGGCUGAAUUGGAGCUCAAGGAUAUGCGCGCCCAUCUUGUUGGUGAAUUGGACCAGGGUAUUGUCACCAUUGCACCAUUGCUCAAUGUCACCCGCAUUCAUACCUUUGUCGGAUCCCUGGCUGGUUGGCGUCGGGCCAUUAGUAUCACAAAGAGCUUCGCCAAGGCUCGGACUACCGUCGGGGAACCUCUCUGGCUAAUACCGAUGCAUUUGCGACUUUUGGCGGACCUGGAAGUGAAACAUCGGGGUGGCAUGGCACUAUGCUGGUUCACGGUCGCUUUAUUCGGGCUCGUCGAGAAUAGAUUGGCAGCUUCCACGAAGCUCGCACAUCUUCCGCAGCCUGGGAAGGAGGCUGACGUGGUCUUCCGUACUUUGACUGCCACCGCAAAGGCCGUGAUAAGUAAAAUGGCUACUCUCGGGAUCGUCGAAUGCCAGGAGUCUAUGGGUGGAGUAGGCUACAUGGAUGAGGCUGACGAGCCCGAGUUCAACAUCUCUCGCAUCCUGCGGAAUACUUCUGUGAAUUCAAUUUGGGAGGGCACUACCAAUGUUCUCGCCAGUGAGAUGGUUCGGUUCCUUCUGAAGAAGGACAAUCUAAACAUCUUCCGAGUAUGGCUUGAUCGUACUUUGGCUCUGAUUCAAACAGCCAAUCUGCGCGACGCUUUGAUUUCUGCCUGGUUUGCCCUUCGCGCUCGGUUCUCGAAGAACGAUCCUGCUACGAUAGUCGCUGAUGCACGUCGUUACAUGUUCACCCUCGCUUGGAUAUUGUCCGGAGCCCUUCUGGCUCUUGACUCUGAACGCGAUCGCGAUCCUGUAAGCACGGAGAUUGCCCGUCGCUGGGUUUUGUGUGCCGAGGGUGGCGUGGGAGACAUGGUAUUCCAUGACAUUGUUACAUCCCGCGAUGCUGCUAGCGCUGCCUCUUCGGGCGAGGAACAUCUGCAAUGGGACUGUCGCAUUGCCUGGGGUGUCGAGUUGCCUACGAAUCGUGCAUCUGGACAUCGGUCGUUGCAAAAUGCAAGUGCAAAGCUAUAA